UUCUAGAUUACUAAAAACAAUAUGCAAGAAUUCACAGUUGUAAUUGUUGGUGGUGGUCCUUCUGGCCUAGCAAUUUCAGCUUUACUAAUACAAAACUCAAUCUCUCACACUAUACUCGAAAAAGAAGAUUGUAAUGCUUCUCUUUGGAGGAAAAAUGCUUACGAUCGUCUAAACCUCCAUUUAGCUAGUGAGUUUUGCUCUUUACCUCUCGUGCCGCAUCCACCUUCAGGCCCAACAUACCUAACCAAAGAUCAAUUUCUCCAAUACAUAGAUGAAUAUGUCGAUCAUUUUGACAUAAAACCUCGUUAUUAUCGUGUCGUUGAGUCCGCUAACUACGAUAAUGUUCAAAACAAAUGGGUUGUUGAAGCCAAAAACACCCUAGAAGGUACCUUGGAAGUUUAUGGGGCAAAGUUUCUAGUCAUUGCCUCUGGCGAAAAUAGUGAAGGUUUUAUUCCCAAUGUUCAUGGAUUAGGGAAAUUUGAAGGAGAGGUGGUACACUCCAAGUACUACAAAUCUGGUUCAAAAUACAAAUCAAAAGAUGUUUUGGUUGUUGGCUGUGGUAACUCAGGAAUGGAGAUUGCAUAUGAUCUCCAUAACUGGGGUGCUAACACUUCCAUUGUCAUUCGAAAUCCGCUUCAUGUCUUCACCAGAGAUAUGAUUCGUAUAGGGAUGCGUUUGGUGCAAUAUUUUCCUGUUUAUAUUGCUGAUACAAUCAUUACAAUUCUAGCAAAGUUAAAAUAUGGUGAUCUGUCAAAAUACGGGAUUCAUCGUCCUAAAGAUGGACCUUUAUAUCUCAAAAACAGUACAGGAAAAUCUGCAGUUAUUGACGUAGGAACCAUUGAAAAGAUUAUGGAAGGAUCCAUAAAGGUCGUUCCUUCAGGUAUCAAGAAAAUCGAGAAGAAGAAUGUUAUCUUUGAAAACAAUAUGGAGAAAGAGUUUGAUGCCAUUGUUUUUGCUACCGGCUACAAAAGCGUAGCUAAUGAAUGGCUAAAGGAUUACAAAUAUGCGCUUAAUGAGAAAGGGUUCCCUAAAAAUCCUUUUCCGAAACAUUGGAAGGGAGAUCAUGGAUUGUACUGUGCAGGACUAGCAAGGAAAGGCUUUGUUUGGAGUAAAAAAGGAUGCUGAGGCAAUUGCAGAAGACAUCAACAAAACUCUUAAGUUGGAGAAUUAAGUAGUAUUAUUCAUUGAAUAAGUCUUUUAAGCCUUUUAGUUUCUACAGUAGUUAAGGAAAUCUAGGCCGAGAAUUGAAUAAAGAGUAGUUGUUUUGUGUUGUUAUUAUCUAGUUAUAAUAAGUAUUUAUAAUCAUUCUCUAGUUAAUAAAGUUUAUGGGUGUGUUUGUUUCAAGGUUUGAAAAAAUAUACACAGGAAUAUGAUUAUGGAAAUGCAAUAUUCCCAUGUUUGGUUCAAGUUUUACGAAAUUAUUCCAA